CGUUGAACAGUGCAGGCCGUAGCAGUGAGAGGGCUUGUGCAAAGCUGGCACUUCUGCUCUGUGCCCAUUGCCAGAGAUCCUGUAGCAAUGUGUCCUAGUCUGCCUCAGUGAAGGAGAGACGGGGCUCACUGACGGAGCUGCCGCGGACCUGGCGGCGGGACCAGCCAGGAGUUGGACUUCAUGAGCUAGACAAGACCGCCCACAACAUCAUGUGCGAAGCUCAAGGUGUAACACGUCACCAAGGACAUGAACGGAAGACAUCACCAUCCAAGAUGUGGCUGACUGCACUGACAGUUGUCCUGUGUGCUGCAUCGCUUGUUCAGGGAUCCGAUAAAUGCACCAGUGGCAAAAGGCUCUGCAGCAAAGCUGCAACAUGCAUCACAGACGCGUCAGACAAUGCGUAUUGCCUGUGUCCUGGUGGAGUGCUGGAGACCAAAGAUGGCAAUUGUGAUGUCCUUCCUACGCUGGUGAACUUACCUGUGUUCCAACUGAAACUCGUUGCGCCUGGUGCUCCGGCCUUGCUGAAGUGUUCCUUUAGAGGACGCUUGCCAUUCCGCAUUGAAUGGGUGAACGUCAAGACCAACGCGUCUCUCACCGCCGUGUACUUCAGCAGGGAGUGGAAAACUGCCGACGGUGUGACACACAGCCAGUUGAACGUGUCUCGCCAGACCGACGAGCUCACACUGGUGACGUGCCAGGCGCGGAACUCUCGCGGCACCGCCCGAGCAUGGCGUGCCGUGCGAGCGGCGAAGACGGCUGCAUCGUCCGGAGAGUCUGCCGAUGCAACAGACGCAACGUUGCGCAAGGCCAUCGAAGCGCUAUCCGUCUUUUGCGGCCUGAUGGCUGUAGCAAUACUAGCUGCCAUUGCUCAUAUCGUUGCAAAGAGGAGAUCACCGGAGAUGGUCAAGCAGUUUGAUCAGUAUGUUGUGCAGAAAGGACAAGGAACGGCGAAGAAGGCCAAGAAGGUGGCGGCGCCCUUGGCAAUGCGGCUGCUCAACCUCGUGACCGGCGCAGACCCAGCCACACCAGCAUCGGAUGUGGCAGAGAACGACAAGUCUAAGCGAGUAGCCAACCCGCACGUCACCUCGGUAGCAAGCCAGAAGAACGUGCAGGAGCUGCAGAGCCAGGCCAGCUCCGACUCCGGACCGUACUUGAACCCUGUCGUCGACACCGUCAGCGGACCAGCGGGCCGGACGAAGACGUCGAUGGCUGUGAAAACGAGUUCCACCUCAGUUAGCCAACAGCUGACCACCGCGUCGUGUGAAUUGGAUGGCGACAUCUCGUCGGCAAUGGCCGACGCCUCCAGAGCGGCAACCUCUCACAACAAGGCUGCCCGAGCUCCGUCGACUGGCAAGAAGGGCGGUGGUGUGGUGAAGAGGAAGACGACUGUGAGACAGCAGUUCACAAACAUGUCGUGUGAAAUCGACCUGAGUGAGUCUGGUGCAAUGCCCGGAUACGAGCUGGACACUUUGGGUACGCCGGCAUACUACAGCACAGGCCGCACUUCAUCGCUUGACAAUGCCGAUCCCGGGCGCAAAGUGCCCACGCUGCACAGCGGCGCCGACGACUUGGCCGAGCCGCUGGAGGGCGUGUCGAACCAGCAGCGCGCGAGCGUCUCCAGUGAGGUGGGGCUGCUCGGUGAUCGACGAGACAGCACACCACACUGCCUGGCACCGGCUGGCGGCAAUGGCGCCGCGCCGGGGCGUGCGAGCGAUGACACAAGUGCCGCAGUGCAGUACGGUGAGAUUGAAAUCAGCUCGACUGACCAGGACAUCCUUGAGGACCUGGAGGACUUCUGCACUGCACUGGAUGAAGCGGAGCAGCAGGAACGCGAUGGCGACAACCCCUACUCCGUGACCAAGCAACUAGACUGUGGAGACGCGCUGAACUCACCCAGGGGCAGCGUGACCAGCCAGAAUGCGUUGCUGUGAACGGCGUCGGACGCGCGCAGGGCAGAACCGACCACAAAUACCCAUGCCGCACGCUCCGAUAGCCGCUGGAAAGCGCCGUCGGCGGCAUCACGUGCAAUAGCCCCGUACGGCUAUCUGCACCGUUGCUGGUGUUCACUGCAGCGCCUCCCGUCUACGCUUAUCGGCAUUGUCGACGCGGCCUGUCAACAACCCGAGUCGGAUGAGAACAUACUAGAGGAGCUAUACCAGCACUCAACACAUUGUGAUACUAGUCUCGGCUUUGGUCAAACUCCUCGUCACGUGGCCGUGUCUCGGUUGGCCUCCCUGGCACUUCGUAGUCUAUCAAGCAUGGAGUCUGACGAAUGAUACUUCAACUUGAUGCGUUCGGCGCUACCGUUCUAUCUCUCUCUCUCUCUCUCUCUCUAUCAAUCUAUCUAUGUCUGUCUGUCUGUCUUAGUCGGACUCUCUUUCUCUUUCCAUCUCUCUCUCUCUCUCUCUCUCUCUCUCUCUCUCUCUCUCUCACACACACUCUCUCUCUCUCUCUCUCUCCCCCCCCCCCCUCCCCUCUCCACAUACACUCCUCAGAAACAAGCUCAUCCCUUUCUCUUUCUUGCAUGCUGCAUGCUUUCCUUAAGCUGUUUCUUCCUCCAUCUCAAAGGCCCAUUCUUCCACCUUCUCUUGAAGGCUACCACUCUCCUCUGUGCCUACUGGCUCCCGCUCGCUCCUAUCUUCCCUGCCCCGACUCCCCAGCUCCGUGCCUGUCCUCUACCAUUGCCUUGCAGCCUUUCUACUGGUGGACUCCCCUUCGUUGUACUGCCUUUCCGAUUUCCUCUUCCGUUGCCCGCCCUGAUCAAUGCCUGGCAUGUACCCCCUCAGCACAUGUGUACUCUGGCUUCGCGGCCUUUUUUCCAUUCCCGCACACCAUGUAUGUUGCCAUUCCCGAUGUAGUAGACCUGUACUCCCGCACCCCGUGUUCCCACACCCCGUAUUCGUGCUCUCCCUCAACCUGUCUUUCCAUUGCCAUUCCUUUCUCGCCUGGUCUAGCCUCAUGUUUUAUAGUUUUCUUCUUCCCUGCACCCAGCUGCAGCCCCCCAUUGCACCAGUACUCUGACUGUAUUGCACCCGCCUAGCUUCCAAUGGCUCACGUUCUGUUUCAGCUGAUCCCCGCUCCCUGCACAGUACUAUCUAUUCCAUCCCGAUUCCUCAUAGCUAUUCUGCUACCAGCCACUUAUCUCCCUGUUACCUCCCCUGCCCUGUCCCUGCACCUUACUCCCGCCCUUCUCCCGCACCCUGUCCCUGCACCCCUACCCAGCCCUC